AUGGAAUCUUGGGACCCUAAGAAAGUCCAACACCUCAUCGCCCGCUCGCCUCCCCACCGACCCUCCCCCUUCCCCUCCUACCUCUCCUCCUCCUUCCCCUCCUCCCUCUCCUCCUCGCUCUCCUCCCACCUCGCCCUCCUCCUCUCCUCGCUCUCCCGCUACGCGCAUGCGCUGGACGCGUGGUGGGGAACGGUAGCCGAGGAGACGUUUAAUCUCUCUGAGGAGUUUAAGUACGUCGGCUGGCCGGGCAACUAUGGCAAGGCGGCGGGAGGGGUUGCGGGGGGAAGCCCAGUGGGCGCAACGGGGGCGUCUGCGGGGGAUGGGGGAGCGGGCGGAGGCGCAGGGAUGGGGGUGGGACGGGGAGUGGAGGGGGGGGUAGCGGGGGUGAAUGUGUGGCGGCGGGUGAAGAAGUAUCGACACUUCGUGGCUUUCAUGGCUGUGGUGGCAGCAGUCAACGGCCUCUUCUCUCUGCUCCUAAUUGACUCGCUCCUCUCUGGUGCCUGCAUCCCCCUCUUCCACGACUGCCAUACCCGCUCUCACAUCCGUUCCCUCUCAUAUCCCCCUUCCCGUCCCACCCCUUGGUGGCAGCAGUCAACGGCCUCUUCUCUCUGCUCCUCAUCGACUCGCUCCUCUCGGGUGCCUGCAUCCCCCUCUUCCACGACUGCCAUACACGCUCUCACAUCCGUUCCCUCUCAUAUCCCCCUUCCCGUCCCACCCCUGUGUGGUGCAGUGGUGGCAGCAGUCAACGGCCUCUUCUCUCUGCUCCUCAUCGACUCGCUCCUCUCGGGUGCCUGCAUCCCCCUCUUCCACGACUGCCAUGCGCACCCUCUCAGCCAUGCUGCUGCUACGCUUCGUAUGUGUAAACGCAACGUGUGUUCCCUCCCUCAUCCCCUCCCACCUCUCUCAUCGCCCACAACCCCUCCCAUCAUCCACAUUGGCCACAUCCCCUCCCGCCUCUCCCUCACACCGCCCUCAUCCCCUUUGUCACUCUCAUCGCCCUCAUGCCCUCCCACCACUUUCACCGCCCCCAUCCCCUCUGCACGUGCUGUUCAUCCCAGGUCCAAUAUUAACCACACUCGCCACGCAGCAUCUCUUCGCUCCCUCCACCAACCCUACUCCACCGGUGUCCACCACUCUGCACACAGCAGCAGCAGCAGACAAAGUCUCUUGCAACAGCAGCAACAAGACGAGCUUCAGUCCGAGGGGGGGUAUCAGGAGGGGCAGGGAGGAGAAGAAGAGAACCAAGAAGAUGGAUCCGACAUGCCCAUGCACCACGAUAGGAAUAAGGAUGGGAAUGAUGGGAUUGGUGGGAGUGAUGGGAGUCAAGAUAAUGAUGAUGAGAGCAGUGGGAGUAAAGAUGGAAGGGCCGGGGAUGACACCCAUUCAUCCGCAGGUCUCUCAGCCUCUGCAGCCUCUGCUGCCUUCUUCCUCUCUAGACUCGCCCGAUCGCCAGGCGUUCACGUCACCCCGUAUCCUGACGUGCCAGGAGCGUACAUCCUGCAAACACCAUCCACAACCCCCACACCCACACCCUCAUCCUCCUCCUCCUCUUCCUCGUCUUCCUCCGCUCAUCUUCAAGAUGCUAUCACCGACCCGUCACUAGAUCCCACCAGCAGCACCGUUCCCCACCCCACUCCGCGCUGCGCCCUCCUCCUGCGGGACGUGUGCUACGUGCACAUGCAGGGCGCCAGUCGCCUGCACCGCAGCAGCGCGGGCGUGUGGUUCGACCGCGAGGCGCUAGAGAGCGCUCUGGCAGGGGACCUGGGCGGGCAGGCCAUCCACGCUGCCUCUGACCUGUCUAAGAUCAACCUGGGGCUCGUGCAGCAGUGUGCUGCUGGGGAAGGUGGCGGUGCAGGUGGGGGGGACUUGAGUGCGAGUGGUACUGGGAGGGGGACUGGUGGUGAUGGGAGCAGCAGCAGCGGCAGCAGUGAGGUUGCUGACGUUGAUUCCAUUGCUGAAGUGCUCUAUGAGAAGAUGGGGGGGUUUCUGAGUGCGGAUGAAAUGGCAUUCUAUGCCGCCUCUAGUGCCUCCCAUGGAAAGCAAAUCUUCCGUUCAUCUGCUCUCUCUCCGCCGCCCGCUCUCCCCUUGGCUGUUGUCCUGCCUUCGGCCGGGCGGCAGAGUGAAUUUGCUGACCUGGCAGAUGCGCUGCAUGACGUGGCACUCCACCUGCCGACCAUUUCCAAGCCUAGCUCCCACCACCAACGUUCUUACCACAUGGCUGGUUCAAUCAAAAUAAAGGGCCUGCAAGACAGUGGGUCGAGCUCAGUUGAUUCUGCUUCCACUUCUGCUGGUACUGCUGGUGCUGAUGCUGCUGUUGCUGCUGCUGGUACGACCGCUAGUGCUCCUGAAGAUACUGAGUCCUCAACAGGCCCCCAUCUUUUCCUCCCCUCCACUGCCCGCCCUCCUAACCUCUGGGUGGGCGGCGCAACUCGCCUGCUUCUCGGGCCUCAAGCCCUCGCCCUGCCGGGCAGGCGCGUCGGGCAGGUGAAAUGUUUCCAGAACGCCGUUUUCAUCCCGGGCAGGGAGCAAAAAACGAGGAGCCUCUGGGCUGUGGAGGCAAUAAGGGAGAGAGCAUGGCAGAUGGUGGAUGAUGUAGAAUCACUGGUGUCUAAAAGUUUAUGGGGGGGUAGGAAGCUUGGAGUGGCCAGGACCCUGCAGGCCCAGGCACAGAUAGAACUGAACAGGGACCUGAAGCGAUUAAAGACGUUCUUUAAGGAGAUGAGGAAGCGCACAGGAAGGUUCCACCAUGUGACUGUGCUGGCGAGUGACGGGCAAGGGGGGAGGAUAAAGGAAGGGGAGGGGAAGACAAGGGGGGAUGGGGAGGGAGAAAGGGAUGCGGACGGGGAUGGGAACGGGGAGGGGGAUGAAGGGGAGAGGGACGCGGGGAUGGCGAAUGCGGAGGGGGUGGCAGAGCUGGUGCGAGCCAUGAUGCCCAAGCUCACUGUUGAUGUUGUGAUGCUGUCCAAUCGCUCCUUCAUCGAGCAAGUCGCCAUCAUGAAGCGCACAGCUCUCCUAAUCGCCAUGCACGGCCCAUCCCUCGCCAACACCCUCUUCCUCCCCCCCAACGCUACCCUCCUUGAGCUCUUCCCCCCGCACCUCCACUCCCCACAGCACUCCUCCCUCGCCGCCGCCUCCCAUGUCCACUACUACAGCUGGCAGAACGCACACCCUCUCAACACCACAUACACCUCUGACUGCAUGGCGCGGGGGCAGUAUGCACUCCUGCCUGCAGCCCUGUGUGCGGGGAAACCGGAGUGCCUGGCGUGUGUGAGAGACCGGUCGAUGACGGCGGUGCACCUAGGGGAGCUGCGGGGCGUGCUGAGGAAGAUUCAGCAGCCGCUGCGGGCUUUCUUCCUGGCUGCCCAGCACAGGCACAGGCGGAGAGGAAUUAUGUAUGGAUCUAGUAGUAGUUAG